UUCGACCAAGAUUUGUUCAGAGGCCUGAGAUAUACCACCCGGGCUACGAAACUUGGGAGACGACUCUGUCAUGUAACAUCUUUGGUUCUCCUCCGCCAAGGAUACAAUGGACUCGCUCAUUUCGGCCUUUACCUGUCGAGCGUCACGUGGUGAAUGGAAAAGAUUUGGUGAUCAAAGACACUCGGCAGGAAGACAGAGGACCCUACAUGUGUCGCGGAGAAAAUCACCUGGGUCACGUGUAUGCACUUAUUGUGCUCGUUGUGAAACCUGUCACUCCCCCGGUGAUCACUACUGCACCAUCUUCCAUUCUUAAGGUAAGAAACAUCUUUGAGAAAGUAACUCUACAAUGUGCUGCCCGUGGUUCUCCUGUGCCCAGUCUAGAGUGGAGCAAGGAUGGAGUGGUUAUUUCAAACAAUAGAACUUCAAAGACUGACAGAGAAGUUAAAGGAGAACUUGUCAUUCGUCGCUUUAGUCCUUCUGACCAAGGAGUGUACAAGUGUUUCCUGAAAAACUACGACAAUGGAACUGCAGAAACUACAACGACACUGGAGCUCGUUGGAUGUGGAGACCCUGGUGUCCCUGUUAACGGAUACAAGGUCGGAGAGAAUUAUUGGGGAGGAGAGAUGGUGACUUUUGCGUGUGACGCAGGAUACCACUUGGAAGGACCUACAAACAGACUGUGCUUGGAAAAUGGCAACUGGAGUAACGUGGUGCCGGCAUGCCAUCGUCUGUGCGAAGAACCUGCUCCUAUUGAAAAUGGUUACAGGAUAGGAGAUAAGUUCUGGAAAGGCAGAAACGUCACUUACGAGUGUAACAAGGGAUACCAGCUUCGAGGACCACAUGUCAGAAUUUGUAAGGAGAACGGAGAAUGGAGCGAAGAAGGACCAACAUGUGAAGGUCCAGUGUUUGAGCAUUCAGAAAUCUUACGAAACAAUACAGAAUACUGGGAGCUCCUUAAAGGCUGGCUGGGCCCUGUGUCUACACUGCCAGCCAAGUGGAAGCUAUGCUACAGAGCUACUGAUCAUGGAUGGGGUUCCGGUACAUUUCAUUCCCAGUGUAACAAUCUAGGACCCACAGUGACCUUCAUAAGAGUGGGAGAGUAUAUAUUUGGAGGAUACACUGACCGGAACUGGCACUCGAGUGGCUCCUACAAAGAUUCAACCCACAGUUUCCUAUUCUCAUUUAAGAAUCGCUAUGGACUGGAUCCGUUUAAGCUUCACAUCAAGCAAAGUGAGCAUGCCAUAGACGAUAACAACGGUUACGGCCCAACAUUUGGUGGGGGACACGACAUUUACAUCGGCGACAAUGCAGGUUCGAACACAAACUCUUACACAAACUUGGGUCACAGUUAUGUGCAGCUGGCUGGCUACAAGUCCGGUGAUAGUAACACGAAAAAUCUUUUAGCGGGAAGCUACAAUUUCCAGCCUCACGAAGUGGAAGUAUUUUAUCAGACUUUCAAAAAAUGAUUUUAAACAACCGCUCGGACUGAUUUUGAGUUGGUGUUAGUCAAGACAAUUUAACUCGAAACUUGUAGUGCAAAGAUGAAUCUAAGGGAAAGCUUCAAACCUUUCCUCGUAAAAUGAUUCCUCACGCAAAGUUUGUAAGCUAUUAGUUAAAGUCAUUUAACAAUGGCGUUUUUUUUGUAUAAAUUGAAUGGUUAGGAAAAACAUUGCGGGUAGGAAAGAUUUAUCAUCAGGAUUUCUAAAGUGGUAUUACUGUUUUAGUGCUCAAAAUGUUCGUGAAAAAAUUACGCACUUCUGAUUGGCUGAAAACGAGAGCAUUCUCAUAUAGCACGAGUCGAGCAAAGUUUUGACAUUCGUGCAAAAUUGUAACACAGGUGCACACUACAAACAGCGCGCGCACGCCUUCAAAAUUUCGCCGCUCCAGCAAUUUUAUUGUCUUUGAAAAAUGUACUCAUACUUAUUAACACCAAAGUGUACUCGUAAUCGUGUUAUUACCUUUAUAAAUAUGAGAUCAAACUUUGAUUAACUUGAAAUAAUUUAC